UGCCAUCCAGCUGCACGGCAGCAUCCAGACUGCGUCUUUGGAGGUUGUGCGAGGCAAAUGUUCUGGAUCUGACAGCGUAAAAGUGUGUGGUGUUCGAACUCCAGGUACAAAUGUGAUACUGGUGUUUGUGGCAACGAUGCGUUCGAAGACGUCAUCCACCUCGUGAACCGUGAACAAAAUACUUCGGCCGGCGAUGAGCGGCGGACCGCUCGCCGAAAAGUCUCCAAAGCGGCGCUCGAAGAAUCGUCGUCCGCUGCAUCCUCCAGCAUUGCUUAGGGUAAAGACUGAACCUGCGGAUGAUAUAAAGGAUUAUGCAGAAACUACAAUGAACGAACUCCUGGGCUGGUACGGAUACGACAAGGUGGACAGUCACGACACUCAGGGUUUAAACUUCAACCACUUGGCCGCUUCCAGCUCCGAAGGCGGGAGUGGGGCCGAGGACGGAUUCCUUCCCGACGCUCGACUGCGGGUCGCCAGUCCAGAGAACGACCCCAAGAGUCCGAAGGCUGAGAUUGAUACGUCUAACCUGCCUCCGAACUGCAUCUUGUGCGCAUGGUGCCAAAAGGUUGGAAUGAAGCUGUUCACACUUAGGACUGCCACUGGAAGUAAAGCUUUUUGUUCUGAACUGUGUUUCACGCAAUGUCGAAGAGCAUCCUUCAAGAAGAACAAGGUGUGUGACUGGUGCAAGCACGUCCGCCAUACUGUCAACUACGUCGACUUUCAGGAUGGCGAACAACAACUUCAGUUCUGCAGCGACAAGUGCCUCAACCAGUACAAGAUGAACAUCUUCUGUCGAGAAACUCAAGCUCAUCUUCAGAUGCACCCCCAUCUACAAGAAGCCAAAGCGUCUGGAAUUAACCUGAUCACUCCAGAGCUGUGGCUUCGAGACUGCAAGGCGGCCACAUCUCCUAUCGAAGCCAACGGCAACGCGACUCCCGAGAGAGAAGAUACGGAUGAUGAAAUGCCGCUUCAGAAAAAAUCUCCUUCUCCGGUUCCUGUGGAGCCAGUGCAUGCGGACCCCGUCAACCUCACGAAGCGCUCAAAACCACCUCGACAACGCACAGAGAGAAGACGGUUCUCUCGAUCACUGCGCAGCUCUAAAGCAGACGUCACUCCAGCACAACAAGAAAACAGCCACACGCUGGGCUCUGGGUCGCUCUCAGUGCCCCAGCACCAAACCAGCCUGCUCCGCUCACCAACGAGUACGAGCAGUACGCCGUUAAGCAGCAGUUCGGGUUCGACGGGAUCACAUAGUCAAGCGAUACUGAACGGACAUAGGGGUAGCCCCCCUGCCCAGCAGCCACCGAUGCCUCCCCUGACACGGGUCAUGCCGAGCUCGGUUCCCCCGCACAGUGGUCCGCUUGGUGGACCGGACAGUAACUUACGGCCACCUUUCCUACCUCCUCACCCUAUGCUGCAAGUUCCAACUCCUCAGCACCUGGAAUCCCUUCUGCGGAUGCAGCACCAGAACGCUGUUCGUUCGGGCGUCCCUCCGCCGCCAUUUCCCUACCCGCCCCCGUGCAUUCCACAUCCCCCAUUCCCACCGCAGAGACCACACCUUCCGUUACCACCUCACAACUCUCUCCUGCCUCCAGCUACGGUUAUGGUACCUUACCCAAUAUUCCUCCCUAUACCCGUUCCGAUCCCAAUACCGAUUCCUAUACCAGUUCGGAAGGAAAGCUCGCUGUCACCGCAGUCGUCCGCCGCGCAUGGACGGUCUACGUCCUGUCCAGCCGAAACGGGCGAUAAUGCUUCGAAGGCGGAAGCGGACGCCACCGAGGGGAAAGGGAUCGAAGUCUACAGGCGCCGUCGUCGAAGAGCACUCGUGGAGGACGACGACAUGCGCGAUUCUGUGGACACCGAGGAUGAAGACUGCGCGACCGAACGCUCUCUCGUUGGCAUCAAAGCUAGUCGAAGCGUCACCAGUUUGGGCUCUCUGCAAGUCAGGAUCAGCAAGACUGUUCGAAUUCCUGGUCAUCUGGGUCAAGACUCGUGCUCUGCGGAGUCCAGGGAAAAAAAGCGGACGGACGUUACUGCUUCGGACAUCAGACGUGACGCAAAACGGAAGUGCUCGCGCCAUUAACAAUCGUGCUCAGUAUAGAUAUAUAUAUAUAUAUAUAUAAUAGAUGUUAUCAGUAAACGAUACGUUGUUAGGGUGUAGUAUGUGAAUACGUUUGUAAGAAAAGCGUCAACAGCAGUGGAAUGAUUGCGAUAGAAUUCGGGCCCAUGCAAGAAGGCAUGCUUGAGCGUUUUUUUGAGCAGUUAUUGCCUCCAGCUCGGACUGUUGAUAACUGAUAGAUAUACUCAGGCGCGGUUUGCGCUGUGCAGCUCAUAGAUGCUGGUGUAUUAUAAGAUCUCACAUUGUCCUAUGUGUGUAUUAGUACUGUACAGAAAAGUGACAUUACAUUGAAACGAGGAAGGUACGUUCAUGUGAGAGACACAAACAACGUUUAAAUACCCCGUCGUCGAAGCAACGACGAAACAAUAAAGGUAGUUGACGAAAAAAAAAAAA